CUAUUAAAUAGCAGCCCAUCUAGAUGCUGUACAAUUCACUGGUUUAAAGACCCCCUUAACUUGAAGGAAGAAGUAGUGCAACUCUAAGGGGAUACGUCUGUGGAGGAAGAAAAGGGCAGAGAAUUACUUGCUUGAUGCUUUAGAGAGAAGGUUGUGUUACCUCUUGUCUCAUUCUCCAAGCUGCUCACACUGAUGUUGCACCGCUGGGCUGCUUACCAACUCUCUCUAGAUGCACUGCCACUGUGACCAGAUCUCUACAAGCACUGGGCAAUUCAAAAGAAUAAGCUGAUCUUGAAUUUUUUUUAUUUUUUUUUAGAUUUUUUUAUUCUAUAUAUAUUUUUUUAAUAUAUAUUUCUAGUCUAGAUAGAUUUUUUUUAAUUUGAAGACACGUGGAAUACUUCGAGUUACCUACAUGUGCCAAUGUCCAUGUAGAGAAUGUUGUUGUAUACAACACUAAGAAAAGUGAAACUUUCUUUUCUUAAAAAAAAGUGAUUAUUUCUUUUUAAUCCUUUUUUAAAAACAUUUUUUAUUUCACUGCCUUCAUUUUUGCCUUUGUGUCCAAAAAACACACACACAUCAAAAAAAAAAAAAAGCAACUGAUCCAUUGAUCUGAUAUUACCUCAGUAUUGGAAACGUCAGAAGGAAGCAAGCAUCCACAUUCAGAGCAUUGAACUCACCGCAGGACUCAAGGAUCACUUACCCCCAAGGUAAAGUAAGACUCAUUUAUUUAUUUAUGGAUUAGCUCUUUCAAAUGUUUUAUUACAGAUUGCUGAACGUUAACAAAGUGUGUUCUAUUUGUAACAUGUGUGUGUGUGUGUGUGUGUGUGUGUGUGUGUGUUUGUGUGUGUGUCUGUGUAUAUAUAUAUGUAUGCAUGAGCUGGUUAUAUUUUAUAAGUGGUCUAUGAAUAAUAUUCUGAUCAUUUAAUUAGAAUUAGCUAGGUGUCUAUAUAUAUAUUUGGUGAUUUCUGUCUAGAAUGUUAGAAUGUUGCACUAAGUAUUAUGUUGCUGUGUUUAAUACUGUAUUGAUAGAUGUAUAACAAACUGUUAAUACUGUCACUUUAUUGCUCAUAUUAAGUAUUAAGUUUGCAAAUCACUAAACCAUUUCUACAGGAUGAUAAAAUGUAUGCCUCCAUUGUAACCCAUGGCUGGGGAGGCAAUAAUGAGUGUACAAAGAGAGAGAAGGUGGGUGUGGGGGUGGGAGUAGCAGCUAGUAAGGAAGGAGUACGUGCCAGGGGUUUGUCUAAGUAUGGGGGUGACAAGUACAACUUGGGCUGCAGUGACAAAAGCCAUGUGAUGUGUUACAGACACCUCUAUUCCAUUCAUAGAGCAAUGAGUGAGGAAGCAAGCAUAGCCAGGGGCAAGCUUUUACACCUCCCCAGCUUGCUAUUAGCAUAUGACAGAGGUGGCUUAUCUGAGAUGUCCUAUUUAAUGCUCACAUUUACUUUGUAGCAUCAUCCCCCAUUCUCUUUCAGAAGGAUUGCUGCAGACAGGCAUAGACUGACUUCCUACAUUUAAACAUAGCCCCAGGGCACCAAAAAAGGCACAGUGCCUGAUGCAGGUCAUUAAUGCUGAAACGUGGCACUUAGGAUGAAGUAAUUAGGAGUAGGGCUAACCCUGUCCUGAAUAGGGUGAGGUUUGUUGGCAGACCCUCAGGAUUUAGAUAGCCUUACAGUUUUUCAAUAAACCACAUGUAUGAUCCCUCCCUGUUUGGGAAUAGACCCAGAAUGAUCAUUGAAUCAGUGGAGGAGAGAUAACUUUAUAUGCUACAUUACAAUAGUCUGGUAAUACAAAGUAUCAGGCAAGCAGGGAAUCUGUGUGAUAUUGAAUGAUACAAUGUGAACAGAGCAUGUCUGUGUGUCCAGCUGUCCAAAAACAAGAGCUGAUUUUUAGGGACUAAAGUUUGGAUUUAGUUUUUUUUUAAGCAAAAUCUGCUGUGUGCUGCUAGCUGUUUGUUCAGACUAUGUGCAGAGAAGUGAGGAGUGUGCUGAACAUUUAAUCAUAAAAUUCAGCUUUUACACAGAGCCCAGUGUGUUAGCUCUUGGCUCUGAUCCUGUACAGCAUGCUUGCUAGCUAAUGAAGUUGCCUCUUGUACUCCUUGCCCACGUGACGCGUGUGAGGGAAUACCUCUGACGUCACACAGUCUAGACCUCCCUGUGAGGCAAUAAGCCCCCAUGGCUGUGAUUGGCUCCUUGAUGUAGGCUGGAGUUCCCUGCACACAGUGAGGGCUGGUCCAGCAGCCUGUGUGAGGAUAGGGUAGAGAGGGGCAUGCACCAGUUCAGUGAUGACAGCUUCUGACAGUGAUUUGGUCCUUCACCCUGGGUGCCUGCAGAAGGGAAAGUGCUAUCUCUAGCAGCUCUAAGAGAAACACGUUUUCCAUUGAAUCUUUCCAGUCUUUUUUCAUGGGCUUUGAAUUCUUCACUAACACCUUCCCCAUUAUCUCCUGCAAGCACUAAAUAUAGAGCAUCUGUGUUUAUGUCUUCGUUAACAGUCCUUCUUUAGAAAUAGCUGCUGGUAGAAAAUUAUUGUCAGGCAGAACUCAAGGGCAUUAGUACAACAGCCAAUAAAAUAAAAUUAUAUAAUCUAUAUAUAUAUAUAUAAAAUUAUGUUUUUUAUUUAUUUAUAUAUAUAGAUAUAUAUAUAUAUAUAUAUAUAUAUAUAUAUAUAUAUAUAUAUAUAUAUAUAUAUAUAUUUUUUUUUUUUUUUUAUAUAUAUAUAUAUAUAUAUAUAAUAUUUUUUUACUACUUAAUAUAUAUAGAAAAGUAAAUAUUUAUUUAUUAUUACUUUAAGAAAACUAUAUAUUUCAAUGUAAAUGUUCUGGCAUGCCAGGGGAGGCUAUAGGUACAGAGCUACAACACCCGUGUUGUUUUCUCACUUGUAGGACUGGCAAAGCAUCAUUAGAGUUUUAGAGUUGUAGUUAUGCUAGGGAUCUAUCUGGAGGUACCCCUUGUAUAUGUCAACCUAAAUAUUAACUUGUGAGGACCACCCAUUUACUGGACUGACAUUUUAGGAAGGCAAAGCUAUAAAGUAUAGUGUCAAUCUUUAUUAUACUUCAAGCAAAAUUCACUUAUAUCUAUAUCUAUAUUACUAUGUUAUGACGAUGCUAAGUUACACAUACUUUGAAGAAUAUUGUAUUACACAAUGCUUUCACUGUACUUAAAGCAUCAUUUAGAAUGUUAUAUAUGUUUCUAAAGAAUGUUUGCAUGCAAAGUAACACUUUUAAUCAUGUGGAUCAACUUACCAUCAUAAUAACAACUUUAUAUUGUUUUUAAAAAGGGAGGUGCAAUGCACUCAAGUUAGGGUCCCAUUACAAUGGAAACCGGUAACACAGAUAGAAAUAUCUCCUUUACUGGAUCAUGGAGCAAUAAAGUGCCUCAGCGAGCCCCUUUCAUUGAACAGGCCUCUUACAAAGCUACUGGUUGCAGUUCUGCAAUUCUGAUCUUUUUCUGCCUACCCAAUGAUGGCAAGGCAUAAUGGAAGUUAUACUGCUGCCCAAUUCUUGGCAGUUUGAGAUUUAUUUACAGAGUUAAUACAUUUAGCAUUGAUUAAGAAGAUGACUGGAUAGUAAGCUAACACAAUGUUCCGUCAUGUCUGUGGUUGACUAUAGGUUAAUGAUACUGAGAAACCCGAAGCUGGUCCUUCAACUUCUCAUCCUUUAGGUGAAGGUUUAUUAAGUUCUAGCGUCAAACUAUGCACACAGGUUCAGUGAUUAUUAAUAUCCAAAACAUACCUAGCUAAAGGAUGAGUCAAGAGCAUUUGGCCCAUAUUGUGUCAUCAAGCGUUAACUACAAAUCAAGCUGGGUGGCUAGACCUGUUGGCAAACUUUAUGCAAUUUUAUCUCCCAAAUAAAACCAGACAUUUUCCUAAUCUUAAGAAAUGUGAAUUAAUUACCUUUCCUUACACUUACCAUUGACAUCCAACAAGAAUCAGUGCCUGGUCUUUUAUUCUAGGUCUACAACUUCUUUCAGUUACUUUAUAAAUCACAUUUCACGUCAGUGUCAACUAAAUACUUUUCUUCUCUAUUGUCCCAUCAGAAUCCGUAUCUCGCAUGUCACCUUACCUAAGCUAAACUUCUGAAGCUAAACUUCUAAUGAACUAAACUAAUCAUGUCCAUCCAUUUAACUUCCUGCCUUGUAUGCCAACUAUUUCUUGCCUGAAAUAAUGUUAGAAUCUCCCCAACUAGCCAUCCAUGACACUAUGGAAUCACUUUUGACUUUAUCUCUGCUACAUAGCUCUUUUGAGCUGGGUCCUCAUCAACCUAUUGUUCAUGUAACAUUUUAUAUUGUUAAAUUUCACCCUUUAUAAUAUUGUAAAGCGUUGGCGCUAUAUAAAUGAUGAUAAUAAUAAUAAGUAUUCAUAAGUAUUCCUCGCUGCCUGAUUCUGUCUCAUUCACCUUAAAAAAGUAUUUCUUAUAUCUAUUCUACUAUGAACUUUCUGCAAAACCUCUAGUUCAUGACCUCAUCAUGUCCCAUUACUCCAUCAUUCCAUUCUUACUUAUUUUACUGACACACAAGUGACUCAAUUCCGGUCUUCGCAAACUGCUACCACCUGGCUCAAACUCAAUUUCCCCCUCUUUUAAAUUAUGUUUUUAUUGUACACACUCAGACUUACAAAGGCCUCAGUGACUCUGCUACCUUAUUCUACGACUACAACCAAAUCAAACACUUCUCGUUUAAUCUCAGCUCUCUUCUUGUGGGGUAAAGCUCAUUGACCCGUUAUUAUAUCCUCCUUAUCUCCCAUACAUGACAUUCACAUUUCCUCAGGUGCUUUAGAGCUCUGGGACUCAAACCAUAUGACCAUAUUUUCAUCUAUGGUAUUAGUUAACUUGGAUACACUCUUAUCUUGUUCUUCCUGCCCCUGCCCUCUUAGAUUGCAAGCUUUCAGACCAAGCCCUCAAAACCUACAGUGUCAUGUCUGUCAAAAAUAGUUUUUACUGUACCUUUCCAUAAAUGUGUCCAUACUGUGGAUAUAUUUGACAUUCUAAAAUCAAUGUGUUAUGCGAGUGAAUGAAACUUGUAAUGACACAAUAUAUUGAGAAUAAGAAUGAAUGAAUAAAAAUAGUAGAAUGACAUAAAAACAUGUUUUAAAUCAUGAGGAAGGAGAAAGAUGAUAAUCACAAAGUUGUUUAUCAAUGACAUAGUUAGUCUUUUUAGUGCACAAAGCUAGAGGAUUUGAUAAUUUUUUCUAUUGUUUUCUUAUUAUCAACAAAAUAGUUAAAACAAUUUUGGAGGGCAGGGGUUUUCCAAGGGCUCUAAACUGCAAGAUUUAAUAGAUUUACUAUUGUAUUCUUAUGGCCACCAUAUUACCAUGCUGUUACAGAAAAGAAUGUGAUUGUAAAUUAGUCAACAUUCCAAAUCUGAGCCAGUAAUCAAAGUAAUAGUUUGAGAAAUGUCAUCCCUCCACUGCUCAAAGGAAUGUAAUAGUGUUAGGAGUACAAAAUUGUAUUCCUAAACUUAUAGUGUCCCCUUGCCCCCUUCCUUCCCCAGCUAUGUAAAUGGUUAAAAACCCUUUAUACACUCACCUAAUGUAUCUUAGCACUGAAUCAGGCUCCUCCUCUGCUGACAUCAGCAUGAUCCAGGAAGAUAAUGUGCAUGUGUGGUGAGUGCCGUGCUACCAUUAGGCCUUCGCUAUAGGAAACCAUUGACUCAAUGCUUUACUACAGGGCUUUUCAACACACUGGAUGUCUUCACGGAAAGGAUGAUGGUUUCCAGCAUUGUUUCUUGGAGUUGAAUUCAGUAAAACAACAGCAAGUGCCUCUUGUGUCUGAAUGAGAGACAGCGACUAUAGACAGUCUUAACCCGGCAAUGUAAAUAUUGCAAUUUCUCUAAAACUUCAAUAUUUUAUAUUUUCAAUGAGAUGAAGUGGUCUGAGUGCCUUUAGUGUCCCAUUAACCUAACGAUCAAAUGCAAUGUAAUCUUUACGAGGUCUCAUUGCCAUUCCACACAUUUCUUAGCACAAGUGAUAGGUAUAGAGCCAACUGUGACCAAACAGUGCCAAAUUUGACUUCUGGUCCCAGUAUCUGCUGUCUCAACAUUUGUCCAAGUCCUUGCAUGCCCCCUGUGACAUUAUAAGGAUAAAUAUACACAUAGUCACGUCUCCGUACUCAAUACUAUAAGACAGAAAUACACACAGGGACCACAAAUGCUCUUGCUUUCUGUCAUUGGAACAUUGAAGAGUGAUACAUUGCUAAUGUGCCAUCUAUGUAGAUGUGAGGACUGCACCAAUUUAUUAAAAAAAACCUUAAAAAGAGGUUUGAAAGGUUCCUUCUUUUUAUAGUGAGGACAGAUUAUUUAUUUUUAACAUGUCAGUUUUUUGGGGGUUUUUUACAUUUAAUUGGACUUUCCCACUACCACUCCAGCAGUAUGUAGUACUGUAGUAUAUUUCACAAUAUAUGUUACAGAUUUAUGCAAAUAUGGCAUCCUAUCCCAUUUAUUCUGUCUUUGGUUUCCAAGAUCCCCUAUGGCAGAAUAUUCCGUCAAAAAACCGACAUGAUACACAUUCCUUCCAAUAAAGCAUGCUCCAUUGCCUAAUCUGGUUAAAUCUACAUUCUCUAAAUUAAUCCAUUAUGCAUUACUUCCUUUAUGCAGAUUUGCACACACUCCGCUAUAUUGACAUAAUAGUUGAAGAUAUUUAACAAUGGAAUUUUUAGGCUCUGAGAGGCAAUUUGUUUAUCAUCUCCAACGCAUUUGUUGUUUUCUACUAUAUUAAUUUGGAGUGAUAUUUAAAAUUCUUGCUGUGUCCUCAUAAUUCCUGGUUUGUUGGGUGGCCUUCAACUUUUGUCCAUCUUUUAUAUGUUAAUGUGGUAGGGUUCCCAUAGACCAACCAUUAUAAGAUAUGUAAAGAUCUAACAUUAGUCUGCUGAUGGUGGGCAGGUUUAUACUAUAAAAUGCUUCCAUCACCCCUCCCCCUCGCCCCUCCCAAAAAAGAGAUUGCAUGCACUCCAAAAAUAGCAGAUCUUUCAACCUUCUAUUAUUUUUUCUUUAUUAAGGGCCAGCAGAUUCUGCAGAGCUAUACACCAGAAAGGGGUUACUGACAAACUGAUGUGGAACACACAGUGCAAAACAUUUAAAGGGUUACUUUAACCGUCUGUACAAAUUAAUUUAAUAUAGUUUACAAUGCCCUACUUGGCAUUACACACUAUACCCCUGCAAACCUGCAAAUAAAGUAUCUGUAAUGAAUCACCAGUCGACCCUCCCAGCGCUGGUAUUGACAACCUUGUCGAAGUCCAUGCUGCCUGCAUUUGGUCUAAUCAAAUGCUUCUCAUAGAGAAGCAUUUUAUUAAAAUGUUUCAACAGCUCAGUGUGCAUGCACGCUCUCUGGGCCGGGAAGGAAGGCAGAUAGAGAGGGUGGGAUGCCUGCAAGGGAGAAGGUUGUUAAGUCUGUCAUCAGUGCGCAGUGUGCGCUGAACACAGACAUAACUUUUGCACAGGAUUGAUUUUAGGCAGAAAAAAGUCACUUGUGCCAGGGAUGGAACUAACCCAUGGCUCUGAAGUGCAAAUAUCUCUGGACGUACAUCGUUUCAUGCAGCAAAGCUGCAGAUAUAUACUCCAGUCACUAUGAACUCUCCGAAAAGCUGAAGUUGUCAUAGUGGUUGGAGUAAUGCUUUCAUAUAACAUGCGCACACUGGUACAGGACAGCAAAGAGUCCAGUUCUUGUGAGCUUACAAUGUAGCAGGAGAAGAGGUCGUGUGAGCAGUAGGAAAUGAUGGAAUAGGUCAGUGAUGACUAACCUUGACACCAGUCUAAAAGCUAGCUGAGCAUCAUGGGAAAUGUAGUCCAGAAACAAUUUAUGGUGUCAAGGUUAGCCAUCACUGAGAUAGGUGGUCUUAUAGGACUCAUAGUCUGAUUAGAAAAAGUCCAUGAUUAUUUGUAUGGACUGGCCAUGUACCUAUGGCUUUCUUUUAGCACUAUUCAUUUUAAAGCAGAUCUCACAUCUGAAGAAAAAAAAAAAUAAUAACUUCUAUGGUAUUGGUCAUGUUAUUAUUAUUAUUUUUAUUAUUUAAUGGUCAAGCGUUUUUUAAGAUCUAUGUAAUAAAACACUUGCACUUUCAUUUCCUGUCUCGUGUGCUAAUGAAGACAUAGCAUUUCCCAGGAUGCACCUGGCCUCCACAACCAGAUUCAUUACUCAUUGAGGAACUGUUUAACCCUUUGUAACAUAAUACAUUAAACAUAUAUAGCAUUAAAAUGAGAGGUCUGAUCCAGGUUGGAGUGCAGUCCUUUGCAUUUUUUUCUUUUAGUCCAGUGUAACAGUGAUGUGUUGACCUCACCCUGUAUAACAAAUUGCACUAAUAUUGCUUACAAAAUAGACAAUGGUGCACAAGCUAAUUUAUUGCGAGCAAGCGAGCAAGCAAGCAUCACCACCGAAGGACAAGCCAAAACCUUAGUAAAGCUUUUUUUUUACACAUAUUUCAACUUGCCUCUGCAUGGCAUUUCUUUAAAAAAUCUUUUAAGUCAUUAAAACAAGGUGCAUUUUAAGGAAAAAAAAUGCAAUAUUGGGUAAGCAGCCCAGCUGUCCAACAAGUUAAAUAUGAGCUGUCUCAUUGGGAAUAAUUGUAUGUUCUAAUGCAGUGGUUCCCAACACAGAAAUCAGGAACCCCCUAAAAGUCCAGGAUCUAGGGAUUACCCAUUUAUGUCUAAGGUGUUUUUAGAAGAAGAAAUAAAAGACUUUAGACACAACAGGGUAAUCCUUAAAUCCUGGACUGGUAGGGGGUACUUGAGGACUGGUUUGAGAAUCCCUGUUCUAAUGGAUCAGUAAAACUUGGCUAUAAGAAGAGCUCGCUUUAGAAAAACAAAAAUCGUUGGUGAACAGGGAAAGUUAAGCAUAGAUUGAUCACAGAAAAGUACAAAUAACAAUGUGAAAGUGAAUAAUUAACUAAUUUUGGAUGCCCCCAGAGGCCACAUCUGGGACAACAGUACGUUUAAUCUAAAUUAAUGGUAUAAAUAACUGUAAAAAAAUACGCAACCAAAGUUGCCUAUUUAAACAAAAUUAAACGGUAAUAUGCUUCUACCUGGGUAUUUAUUGAAGGGAUGUAAAACUAAUGAUAUAAUUCUAGUACUAACAGACACUUUCAACAUUAAAGGACCACUAUAGUGCCAGGAAAACAAACAGAGUUUUCCUGGCACUUUAGGGUUAUUAGGUCCCCCUAUCCCUUCAGCCACUUACCUGUCUCCAGUGCCGGGCUCCCUUAGCGCUGGUGACCUCUCCUCCUCCUGCCGACGUCAGUGCCAAAUGCGCAUGCGCGGCAAGAGCCACGCGCGCAUUCAAACCGCCUAUAGGAAAGCACUACUCAUUGCUUUCCUAUGGACGUCCAGCGUCUUCUCACUGUGAUUUUUACAGUGAGAAUCGCGGAAGCUCCUCCAGCGGCUGUCAGUGAGACAGCCACUAGAGGCUGGAUUAACCCUCAGUGAAACAUAGCAGUUUCUCUGAAACUGCUAUGUUUUCAGUUGCAGGGUUAAAACUAGAGGGACCUGGCACCCAGACCACUUAAUUGAGCUGAAGUGGUCUGGUCGCCUUUAGUGGUCCUUGAAUUUUAAAUGUAUGUAGACAUUUUAAAUAUAAGAAAUUAAUGUACAUUUAGCAUUUCAGAAUUAAAUUGUGACGUGGGACUAUCCACAUUUAGUAAUCAUGUACUGUUAUGUUGUUUUUAUUGGCAUGUACACCCAGAUACUAUAGUAACUACCAAAAAAUAUUCUGAAUGAUGCUUUGGUAUGUUCUUACAGAAAAAGGUCUGGUCAUACAUCACUUGCAAUGACAACAUUUUAUGCCAUUAAAAAUCUUGGCUCAAAGAGACUCACGAAAAUAUCACCUUUAGCUUUUUAUUAGCUCAUUUGUAUGACACAAAUGGAAUAUCCUGGUUCAGAAUACAUUAAAACGCAUUAUAGUUACCAGGAUAUAUACAGAAAGUAUUCAAUUUUUUCCCACUAAUUUACUUGAGAUUUAUGCUCCAAUCGCAUCAACAUGUUAAUUUCUAAAGUAAAUAAUAAAAUUCUCAAACCUUUAAAUAAAUUAUGUAACAAACGUUCAGGAAUUUUAUUCCAAAAUAGGAAUACUGUAAACAUUUUUUCAACUCAGCUAUUUUUGCAGUUUGGGCAUUUCAGUCUAAAAUUUGCAAUUCCCUAGUCGAUUCCUGUGAAUUCAUGGUUCACUGAAUAAGCAUGUCUACUGUAUGUUCAUUCACGUGACUACAUCUCCACCCAUUGGGUUCUUUUCUGGCACCCAUUUUGGUAAAUGUAAUGCUUAUUUACUCAAUCAGCUGUUCACUUUAAUUUUCAAACUGGAUUUUUUUUUAAAUUCUUUAAACAAAUGUGGUAUGACUAGGGACUGUGUUUUGCAGUCACUCUCAACCAAAUUGACCCUAAUUGCUUUAUAUUAGUAUCUGACACUCCACAAGCCUUUGAUAAAUUGCUCCAGAACUGCAAUAAGUCUUUUACUGUUCUCAAAACAACAGAUCUGCAGUAAGGUGCACAUUAAACAGUACUUUGAUAUAAUGCUGAAUUUUUUUUCUAAACAGUGUCACUUCUUAGAACAAGUCUAUGUUGUUAGGUCUUGCAACAAAUUUACGGUUUUCCAAACUCUCGGUUUAUCCUGAAAGAUGAUUUUGUCAGAUUCCAUGAACGUACAGUCCUUUUUGUUAGGGUAAAACAUAUGCUAUUUAAGGUAUAAUACAUGCAUACCUUUUGCCACAGUGAGCCCUUUAAAAUUAUUGAUGUUUUCUUUCUAACUGUAUAUUUCAUGAAAGGCCCAAAGACUUCCCUUGGCUAUAAACACUCAUUAUAUUACAGCGUAUAUUUAUAAAUAUCGUAAAUAAACAGAUAUUGUAGAGUUUGAAAAUAAAAAUAGUUUGUUACCUGAAAUUAAGAUUAAGUUCAAUUCAAACCAUUUCACACUUUACUGCAAUCUUAAAAAAGAAUCACCCUGUAGGAAAAUCGUUUUAACAUCUGGUCUGUGCAAAGAGGUGUUUUCUCAAGUUAAUUCUACUAUCAAGAUUUUAACAUUUAAAUAGAGCAACAUAAGGAGGGUUUGGGCUGAUUAACAUUGUGCAGGAAAGGAAAGGGGGACUUCACAGAAUAAUGAUGUAAGAGGGUGGUGUUCCAAAGUUAGCAGGAGCCAGCAGAUGAUGUUAUGUCCUUAAUCAGAACAUGUUCGUGUUGGCUGAUAAAACACAAAGAAAAAAACACUUAUCAUAUUGUUCCCAUGACCAAAAUCCUUGAGUUUAAUCAAAAUGUACAAUGAUUUAGAUAUAUACUGGCUGGUACCUAUGAUUCUGGAGGCCAGUGGAAAUAUUUACUAAAAGGUGACCUUUAGGCUUUCUUUCUUGAUAUUUUGAGAUGGUAACAUGUAAACCCCCUUUAUAAACCACUGACAUUGUUUAGAUUUGAUCUACUUUAUAUAUAUAUAUGAAUAUAUAUAUAUAUAUAUAUUCCCAAAAGCCGUAUUGCCCAGCUGCAGUCUGUAAUGCAUGCUGCCACCAUUGAUUUUCCUCUCUAGUCGGUCCAAUCACACCUCACCCCUCUGUCAGUCCAUACAUUGGCUUCCUGUAUCCUAUAGGAGUCAGUUCAAAGUGCUAACCCAUACAUAUAAAGCACUGAACAACUCUAGCCCCUCUUAUAUCCCUUCACAGAUCCAUACAUAUGCCCCUUCUCGGUCCCUCUGCUCUGCCCGUGACCUUCUCCUGUCCGCUGCUCGCACCCGUACGGCCAGCUCGUGCUUACAGGACUUCUCAUGGGCGGCUUCCUUCCUGUGGAAUACCCUGCCUACCUCCAUCAAACUCUCCCCUAGUCUUCAAUUGUUUAAUAAGUGCCUUAAAAUCCAUCUCUGUAGGAAAGCUUAUGACCUCCCAGAGUAACCUCUACCUCACAUACAUGUCUCUUGCUCUCGCCUUACGGGCAGCACUCUACUCUCUCCUCCAGCUCUGCUUCACUCCCACCUUAUUUGAUUGCUAUUUCCUGUCCUAUUGUGUUUUAUAUCCCACCUCCUAUAGACUGUAAGCUUGUUUGAGCAGAGCCCUCUUCAACCUAUGGUUCAUAAACCUAAACCAUCUUUCAAAGACAGAGAGGAGUAAGUCACAAUGGGUUUACCUGGAGCUAAAUGAGUACAAGAUAAAACAACCCUCAUUUUCAAUAAAUAUUGCACACACACAUAAUGACAAACAUAGUGACUAUGCAAUGUGCUUUUAGCACCGGUCCUGUUAAAUUUCUGAAUUGCAUAAUGAAAAUCAUUUCUUGUUCAUUGCUUGUAUAAACCUGAACCUAACUCAUAAAAACAUAAACUAAUGAGCUGAGUUAAACAAACAGGCCAAUCGUGACCUGAGCAUGGACUGGAUCUUCUACCAUUAACCCAGGACAGUGAUGGGUAAUCUUAACUUCCUAGAUAUUUGUGAAUUACAUUUCCUAACGACUAAGUACCGUGUCAAAUAUGAUUCACAUUUACCUGGUUAUUACGAUCAUUACGGAAUGUAUUGGGAAAAAGGUUUCAAACUCAUGGUCAACCCUGAAAAAUGAAAACGGUUCUUCAGCAUGUUCUAGAACUAUGUAUGAACUUUAAAAUGACUGAUCAUUAACAAUCCCCUUUGUUUUCUUGUUGCAGAUGCAUUGUGAAAGGUUUAUAUGUAUCCUGAGGAUAAUUGGGACAACACUCUUUGGAGUUUCACUCUUACUUGGAAUAACAGCUGCUUAUAUAGUGGGUUACCAAUUUAUCCAAACAGAUAAUUAUUACUUCUCAUUUGGACUAUAUGGUGCAAUUUUAGCACUUCACCUCAUCAUCCAAAGCCUCUUUGCCUUUUUAGAACAUAGAAAGAUGAAGCGAUCUCUUGAAACUCCAAUUAAACUGAAUAAAUCAGUUGCCCUUUGUAUUGCUGCCUAUCAGGAAGAUCCAGACUACUUAAAAAAAUGUUUACUUUCUGUGAAACGGUUGACCUAUCCUGGGAUGAAAGUUAUCAUGGUCAUCGAUGGGAAUUCAGAUGAUGACAUCUACAUGAUGGACCAUUUUCGUGAGAUCAUGGGCAGUGAUAAUUGUGCCACCUACGUAUGGAAAAACAACUUCCACGAAAAAGGUCCGGGCGAGACAGAGGAAUCUCACAAAGAAAGUACACAACACGUAACCCAAAUGGUUCUGUCCAACAAGUAUAUAUGCAUCAUGCAGAAAUGGGGAGGAAAAAGGGAAGUCAUGUAUACAGCAUUCAAGGCACUAGGAAGAAGUGUGGAUUAUGUACAGGUAAGUAAUAAACCACUUUAUGUUUGCCAAGGAAAACACUCUCCAAAUAAAGAGACCUUUGUACGAUCCGUGAAGUGGGUUUUAGAAUAUGCAAGUACCUUUUGAACACAGGGAACCAUUCAGUCUAUUAAAAUCAGAGCUCGGUGCUUGAAAGCAGAUUUCACUCUUGUAUAAGGCAACUGUACAGAUUGUAAACUGAAAGGAGGUACAUUACAUCAUUCCACAAAAUCUGACAGUGUGCCACCUCCCGAGUGAGUGUUUUAAAAAUCCAUGUGGGUUUUAAAUGGGAGGUGAUAGGUACAGUUAACUGUUUGUGCCACAGGGAGAGGUACUCCGUGGCACCCAGUCAACACAAAACCUUUUAGUUAGAGUUUUUAAAUUUGUACAAAGCAUAAUUUAUGUAAAAAAAAACCACUUCUUAACAUUUGCAUUGAAGUUGCCAUUUUUUUUCUUUUUAAGUAUAUAAAACAUGCAUUUAUAGCUGAAAGAAUUCUUUCUAAGAUUCAUCUGGCAUCCACGAGUCCUUUUAAGCCUGUACUCUGUGUAACACCUGAAGACUCUCAGUCUGUGUUAGUGUGAAUUGAGGUAGAACUCGCUCUAUUCCCAAAGGAUCUAAGAGUUUGGGAAUGUUUGUAGUCAUGUGUAAGAAACAGUAGAUCUGUUGCUACAGGGAGAGACUGCUGGCAUUUUCAAACUAGAGAAAUGCAUUUAAUGUUCUACUAUCAACUAUAAUAUGCAUCACCUUCCAAACCCACGUGACUGUCUCUAGACUUAACAAGUCAGGCGGGGCCGGUUUUUCCCUCUGGACCCCCCAGUUGGGAGGGUCGAUUCAUCCCAGCACACUGAGUACAUCUGGUGAAAGUUGUUUCAACAUUUGACGUUAAAUAUGUGAAUUUUCUAAUCCCAGAACAGUCUAGUGGCACCAUUCCAGGAAAAUUGGUUUCACAUUUUAGAGCAAGUAUUAUUUUUUAGUAGACUUUUUUUUUCUUUAAGUCGUGUUGCUUUUCCCUUUGUUGCACUAAGCACAGAUUUGUUUGGAAAUCAUGGAUACAAAGUGAACCUUUUUUUGUAACUGAAAAUUCAUGUGUUUUGAAUUUUGAGUACACUUUUAAUUACUAAUUGCUAUGCUGAUAGAAAAAUCUUUUUUCUUUUUUUUUGCCAAUUUUAUUUGCAUGAAAAUCCUUCAAAGAAUAUCCGUAGAGUUUAUCAUUAUACAAAGUACUUGCCUUUGUAUUUGCUACAGACAGCUUUUAAUUCUUAAGUCUCACACGUCUGAGAGACACUCACAUUUUUAUUAUUAAUAGUAUUAAGAGACAUUCGCUAUUCUCAUCUAUUUUAUAUCAUAUUUCAGCAAGUGUUAAAGGACCACUAUAGUGCCAGGAAAACAAACUCGUUUUCCUGGCUCUAUAGGGUCUUUGGGUCCCCCCCACCCUCAGGGUCCCCCUUCUAGAGGGAGGAAGAGGUAAAAUUCUUACCCUUCUCCAGCGCCGGGCUCCAUCAGCGCUGGGAACUUUCCUCCCUCUUCCAACGUCAUCCGCCGAAUGCACAUUCAAUCAGUCCAUAGGAAAGCAUUUCUCAAUGCUUUCCUAUGGACAUCAGCGUCCUCUCACUGUGAAAAUCACAGUGAGAAGCGCGGAAGCGCCUCUAGCGGCUGUCAAUAAGACAGCCACUAGAGGCUGGAUUAAUCCUAUUGUAAACAUAGCAGUUUCUGUGAAACUGCUAUGUUUACAGUUGCAGGGUUAACACUAGAUGGACCUGGCACCCAGACCACUUUAUUGAGCUGAAGUGGUCUGGGUACCUAUAUUGGUCAUUUAAGUGUAUUUUAAAGGCGCAGUUUAAAUACAAAGAUUUCUUCACCUUAAUGAAAUUAUUGUAGAUUAUGCCUCUGCAAUUUUAAAAAUGGAAACAAUGCCAUUUCUGGAAAACAGCAUUGUUUACAUUAUGCAGGUUUAAUGCCUACUCAUGACUGCCAUUUUGACCACUAGGUGGCCUGGACUGAACUCUGUAGAGAAGCACUGGAAUGGAGGAUCAUGGCUAUUGCCAUAUGUGCUAUGGUUCAUCAAACUGACCGGCCAGUAUUCAUCACUCUUGAUGACUUCACAAAAGGAGGACUGGGCUAUGGUCUAGAGCAGGCAUAGGCAACCUACGGCACCCCAGAUGUUUUGUACUACACCUCUCAUGAUACUUUUCCAGCAUUAUGGGUGUAAGAGCAUUAGGGGGGAUGUAGUCCACAACAUCUGCAGUGCCGAAGGUUGCUUAUCCCUGGUCUAGAGACCGUGCCAAUAAAAUCUGUGAAAGUUGUUUGACAGGAACUGGGGAGACAGCACAUGAAGAUUGAAAAACAAACAAAAUACCCAAAAUAAAGUACACCAGUGAGAAAAGGGAAAAAAGAUUUUACCCUUGAGCUUGCAGAUUACAGGACGAUUCCCUUAAAUACUUUUUCAAUGAUGAUACAAACAAAAGUAAUCUGUAAAGAGUACGUAAAAAGGACUACAAAUAGUGUAAUACGUCCUGACACCAAAAAUAAGGCUUUGCAGAAAAUAUUACACUUGCAGAUUUAAAGAAGUUAAGAGCAGAAAGGAUUUAAUGUAGAUCUUUCAUUUCUUCAUUUCUUCCCUUUACAUCCAGGUAUACAUAUAUAGGAAAAAAGGGAGAAACAAAAACAUAGUGCAGCGCUAUUUUCAGUAAAAUCACACUUUAUUAUAUUGCACUCACAGAAUAAAAGUUAUUAAGGAUCCCAUCAUAAGUCACUGUACUUCAUCCACAAGGAAAUCCAGGAUCAUCCACAAACAGGAAAAUUCAGUUACUUGGAAGAACAAAUAAAAAACAAACAAAUGAAACAAUCUUCAAAUAAACACAAAAUAAAAGUAAAAAAAAAUGUUAAAAAUUACCAAGCACUAAGUUUUGUCUUUCCACCCUACGCGUUUUGUCUGCCCUCGAACUUCGUCAGGGGUUUCCAGCACCUGUAUACUAUGUUGUGAAGCUCUUCAUAUUUGUAAGGCAAAAUGUACCUGCCCCUCGAUAGCCAUAAGCCAAUCGGAGGCGGAAUUGCCGAUGGUACAUCUGUUGUUGAUCGGCAUCAGAUUACAUCCGCUAAGCUAAGACAAAACCUAGUGCUUACUAAUUUUUUACAUUUUGUUACUUUUAUUUUAUUUUGUAUUAUUUGAAUUUUUUUUUUGUUUGUUUGUGUUUUAAUUGCCCUUUCCACGUAACUGAAUGCUCCUGUUCGAGGAUGGUCCUGGAUUUCCUUGUGGAUGAAGUACAGUGACUGAUGAUGGGCUCCUUGAUAACUUUUAUUUUGUGAGUGCAAUAUAAUAAAGUGUCAUCUUAUUGAAAAUAAUGCUGGACAAAGUGACACUCUAAUUGGCAAAACACAGAAAGUAGCCAAUCAGAAUAUAGUUUUAGUUUAAAAGGUGCUGAUUAGUUUUUUUUUUAUUGUUUUUUACCAAGCAAGUCUCAUAACUUUUACAUAUACAUGCUAUGUACUAUUUUGUAGAAAAAUACUUGCUCUUUGAUUAAGGCAUUACUGAUAUUUUAGACAAUGAAUCUUGCUUUCAAAAUAAAAAGGGAUCUUUUUCCUUUUUUUUUUUUACUGUAAUGUACACUUUAUUCUGGUAUUAGGGAGAAAAGCAGGACUUAAUUUGUGUCUUUGUUCAACAUGAUAAGGGGCUGUUUUAUCAGCGUUCUACUGCCAAGAAUAUAACAGCUGCAAAUAUUGUUUUUGUUUGGCUUUCAAAAUGCUAUAAAAUCACAUAAAAAGAUCUUGUUACAGUGUAAUACAGAUGAAGUACAAUGGCUUAAUUGAUGCAAUAGAAUUAUAAUCAAGCAGUUCAUUUAGCAUAAAGGAGUUUAUAAACCAUUUCAUGGACAAAUUAGCUGUCAAUGUGCCCCUAAUAUUGGACAUUUUUAUGGAUGAAGAUUCUCUGUCUUUCAUUCUACAACGGCCUUCUAGUGCAUGUCUAAAUAAGGACCAUCUCCCUUUUUAUAGAAGCUGCCAAUCGUUGUGUAUAUUCUAACAGAGGCAACCAAUCAUUGUGUAUGUUCUAACUCAGGCAGCCAAUCAUUGUUCACAUUCUGCCUCUCCCAGCAAACAAUUGCCUACACCCAACCAAUCAACAUGCACACAUUCCCCUGAAUGUCUAUAUCCAACUGUGAACAACCAAUCAUAUUCAUGCCUAAAAAUCUACAGUAUAAAUAUUAUAUCACAUUUGUGCUUGAUUGUGCAGCAAAGUACAGGAUGAUACUGCUUCUAAUUUGAACUUAUCUGUAGUCUGCUAAAAAAGCAGCUUCUAAAAUUAUGGCAACAGUAUUUCCUUUGAACGUAUUCAUACAUUUUAGAACAUUUAAGCCUAGCAUCAAAAUAGCCUUUGAAGAGAAAGCAUCUAUAGAACCUGUAAAAUUUGCCUGUUUUGCUUUGAUAAAAGUGAAUUUUAGGUCAAUCACUAACCUCUGAUUCAUUUCUAUCCAAUCUAGUAAAGAAAUUAUCUCUGUUAAAAUAUAUGAUUAAAUUUGUAUGUAUACGAUACAAUAUCAUAUACAUGUUAAUUAAGCAUUAUUCUUUGAAAAAAUUGCAUUUUGGACUAUACAUUAUUGCUUGAGUAAAAUGUUUUUAACUUUGGACUUUUUAGGUAUGUGAUUCUGACACAGUGCUUGAUCCAGCAUCAUCAGUCGAGAUGGUUAAGGUCUUAGAGGAGGACAUAAUGGUCGGAGGAGUGGGAGGAGAUGUGCAGGUAACUAUCUUUUUGCCAUUAAGUGAAACAAAAUAUACAGAGAUUUAAAUACUUGUUUAUUCAGAAAAAGAAAUAUUAAUACUUGAUUGUAUCACAUUUAUAUAUAUAUAUUGGUAUUUUGAAAACAUUUAAAAAGCCUAUCCAAAAAUAUUAAAUCAUUUAAAAAGUUUACAAAAAUAUAAUAAAACUUUUAAGAUACCUCCUGCUGAUUCUGGUCACACUUUCAAAAGUACACAAUGUGCAAAUAUCAAUGGAUUCAUUAAUUCGUUAGACAGAGAGCUGCUCAAAUUACAUGUAUUUUAAAAAUACAGAAUUUGACUUGUACGGCUGUUUUCUAAAACAUGACGUCCUAUAGAUGAACUCAAGUCUACCUUUUUUAAAGCCGUCUGUUUAUUUUUAAAUGUUUUUUUUGGGUUGGAAGAAACUCUCCAUUAUGAAUAUAUUAGAAAGCCAGGAGUUCUUAUAAAAUGAUAUGUACGCCAGGAAGACCUUAUCCCAACCCCCCAACUCUACAAACUGAGUUCCCAGCCAGGUCUUGGAGAUGUUUCACAACCCCGAAUCAUACUGUGCUGCAUAUAACAUCUAAAGAUCUCUGUUUCCUGUUCGUUUUAACAAACUUAACCCCUUUGAAAAUAAUAUCUCCUUGCCAUCUUUAAUGACAUAGAGCCUGCUAAAAUUCUAAUUUAUGAUUGCGGUCUAACAGGAAGCUUGGAGGGCAGGACAAGUAGCCUUUACGUAGAAAUGAAUGUACAAUAUAACCUUAGGGUAGGAACAUUUUUAACGUUGCCUUUUGAUGUUUAAUUUGCUGUACUAUGUAAAAUAAUGUGGUUUGUUGUAGUUUGGAUUUCUUUUUUAAAUGUAAUUACAUCCAUGCAUUCAAUUUUGUAUAUUUUCUUCCUCUGAUUUUUUGUAUGUGAAAUAAUUAGAUGCAGAAAUUAGAAAAGAGAAAAAUCACACAGGACAGCAUAUGUUUUUAUUUAGGUAUGACUUGUUUAAUUUUUAUAUUUUAUAUUUCUUAGUAAUAAAUCUACUUUUUCUUUACCCUCUACCAGAUAUUAAACAAAUAUGACUCAUGGAUCUCAUUCCUCAGUAGUGUCAGAUACUGGAUGGCAUUUAACAUCGAGAGAGCUUGUCAGUCCUAUUUUGGCUGCGUGCAAUGCAUCAGUGGACCACUGGGGAUGUACAGAAAUUCUCUACUGCACGAAUUUCUUGAAGAUUGGUAUAAUCAAGAAUUCAUGGGUUCACAAUGCAGUUUUGGAGAUGACAGGCAUCUUACAAACCGGGUUUUAAGUCUGGGCUAUGCAACCAAAUACACAGCAAGAUCAAAAUGCCUUACUGAAACACCUACCGAAUACUUGCGUUGGCUCAACCAACAAACGAGGUGGAGCAAAUCCUAUUUCCGUGAAUGGCUCUAUAAUGCAAUGUGGUUCCACAAGCACCACUUGUGGAUGACGUACGAAGCUGUGAUCACAGGAUUUUUUCCCUUUUUCCUGAUAGCAACAGUCAUCCAACUUUUUUACCGUGGGAGAAUAUGGAACAUUUUGCUCUUCUUGUUGACUGUUCAGUUUGUAGGCCUCAUAAAGUCUUCCUUUGCCAGUGCCCUCCGAGGAAAUAUAGUCAUGGUUUUCAUGUCUUUAUAUUCAGUAUUGUACAUGUCAAGUUUACUACCAGCAAAGAUGUUUGCGAUAGCCACAAUAAAUAAAGCAGGUUGGGGGACAUCGGGAAGAAAAACAAUAGUAGUGAAUUUUAUCGGGUUAAUUCCCAUCACCGUUUGGUUUACAAUCCUUUUCGGUGGUGUCAUUUACACCAUAUGGAGGGAAACAAAAAAGCCAUUUGAAGAUUCUGAACAGACAGUCCUCAUCAUUGGUGCAAUACUUUACGCGUGCUACUGGGUGAUGUUAUUGACUUUAUACGCUGCCCUGAUCACUAAGUGUGGUAGACGGAAGAAGGAGCAGCAGUACGACAUGGUUCUCGAUGUAUGAUGAUAACUCUUUACAUAUUAAGUGUUCACACUAAAUAAUAUAUCAAAGCCUUAAGAGACUUUUGUUUUUGUGGUUAGGAUCUAUAGUAUUAUUGACAUGGAUUCGUGUCACUAAGGGAAAUGCAACACUGCUGCUGGGACUUGAACAUACACAACUUGUGGACUCUUUUUCAUGAAUCCAAAGCCAAAAUAGUUUAAAACUAUUGCAAAAAUGAACACAAAUAUAACCAAUGGAAGGCUGUCCCUUAACAGAAGGGUGGCCAUUUUGUUUAUGCACUUUUUAUUGUGCAUAUGCCUGACAGUGUUAUGUUCUAUAUACCUCACUGGUCAUGCUUAUGUCUGGUCAUGGUAGGGAGAGUGAAAGGAUUUUGAAAGGUAUGUAAGCCUUAAUCACACUUUUCUACUUUAUUUUUCCCUGCCAAAGGUCCUAGUGAAUAGGCCUAAAGGCUCGCAAUAACUUACAACAUAAUUUAUAAACUUUUUUUAUGGAUGGCCAUUUGGUUGUCAAAAAUAAUGCCAAUUGUGCUCUGGAAAAAAAGCACAUUGGUUAUGCUGUAUUUUUAUAUUAUUGUAUUAAUUAUGUUUUUUAUUUGUAUGCCUUAAAUUUUUUUUUACAUAUUUUAUAUUUUACUUAUCUG